AUCGCUCCUCGCCGACAAUCAGACGUGAAAACGCCUCCGUUGUCACCGCAGCGCCGCAGAAACCCUCCCGUUUGCCCGGCUGAUACCUGGAUGACCCCCGCCCGGAUCAUCGCCUCCCUCACUCCUCGAGUUUGACAGCUGAUCGCGGCUCAUCCAGCAGGAGAUUCUCCUCUUGUUUUCUCUUCUUUCUCCCUGAAAUGAGGCGAACGGCGGACAUGAAGAGCACAUGUCUGUGGGCCGCCGCUGCGCUGCUGUCACUCAGCUCUCUGGUGACCAAUGCUGAUUCCCCUCACUCAGGAAGUUCGGACUUGAGACAGAGCUCCAAAUCCAAAGUGAAAACAUACUGGACUGAAAGCAACAAAGCGGUUUCCAUCAGUCGCCUGCUGUCUCAAACCAUCUACGGAAAGGAGAACUUCACCUCGGUGGAUCUGAAUUACGACGACGCGGACACCUACUCCAAACCGGAGCAUUGGAACUGGCUUUACAACGCUUCAACGCCGCGCGAUCCGCGGCCUCGCACGAAAAGACGGCCCAUCGUCAAGACUGGGAAGUUCAAGAAGAUGUUCGGCUGGGGCGAUUUCCAUUCAAACAUCAAAACCGUGAAGCUAAACCUCCUCAUCACUGGGAAAAUAGUGGAUCACGGCAACGGCACCUUCAGCGUCUAUUUCCGGCACAACUCCACCGGCCAGGGCAACGUUUCUGUCGGGCUCGUUCCCCCGACGAAGGCGGUGGAGUUCCAGGUCCAUCCGCAGCAGCAGCACUUCCACCAACAUAACCACAACCAGCAGCAGCAGACGGCUCUGGAAACCAAAGACACCAAGCUGUUCAACUGCAGGGUGGAGUACGAGAAGGUGGAGAAGGGCACCAGGAACUCGCUGUGCGCCCACGACCCGUCGCAGAGCUGCCCGCAGGAGCAGACGCAGAGCCACGUGUCCUGGCUGUGCUCCAAACCUUUCAAGGUCAUCUGCAUCUUCAUCACCUUCUACAGCACCGACUACAAGCUGGUGCAGAAGGUCUGCCCGGACUACAACUACCACAGCGACACCCCCUACCUCCCCACCGGGUGAUCACAUGACCAAACAGGAAGGGAGAAAGACACACCGUCUGCCGGGCCAGGAGUCCAACUUCAGAUGUUGACAAACUUUUGUUUUGUUUUUUUUUCUCUUUAAAUUACAACAGACAUAUCCUUGUGAGAGGAGGAGUUCGUUAGGGAAGCACUUCUAGGAUUGCAAUACCGUUAAUAAAUGCAUAGCUGUUUUUGGAAAGGAAGCUCAAGCAAACUGUGAACAUACACCGAUUGUAUUUAUGUAAAUAUUCUGGACUGCAGCACACACGAAAAAAUGGUUUUAUUAACAUUUUUUCCUCUCCAGCUAAUUUACUUGUUUAUGUUGAUGGUGUAUUUCCGUUUCAAUCAUGCUUUGUGUCUUCUUCAAUCAGUCUCUGAUAAUCUUUGCAAAUGCAUAAAUGUCAACGCAAAUAAGAAGAAUCUGUCAGCACGCGUUAGGAGGGCGUAAUGGAAAACGCAAACAUUAUUUCGAGUGGUGUUGUUUCCCGCAGUGUGGUUCGUUAAGAGCGAGUGUAUCUCUCUGAUGUCGUCGUCGGACUCUCAUCCAUGUUCAUGCAUGAACCGAAUGUGGUGAACGGCUAAAUAAGGCCCGUUUAUAUUGUCAUUUUAUUGCACCUGUCAGAAGAAAUCUUCGUCAAGUCUCGGCUGCGACAGGAAACAAGGUAGAAAACAGUUCUUCUGGCUUAAUUCUGUGUUGUGUGUUUGAGGUGACACUGAAUGACACCAUCUGGGAGCGCCAAACAGAUCAGAAAUGUUGCAAUAAAUAAAUAAAAGUUGCAGAAGACAUGAAAGAUGACAGAGAUGCAUAAGGUUAUUUUCUGUGCAAAAAAUAACUGUGCUCUAAAUCAGUUUCUCUUUAAAUGUUUUUUUUUUCUUUUAAAUGUUGCAUAAAACAAAAAUGGUGUAAUAAAAUCCAGCUCCUGCUAAACAACAAGGAGCCAGUAGAGAAAUAUAUAAUCAUAAGUAUUCAUUUGAUACA